GGCUGAGGUGCAGCCGCUGAGUGAAGACACUAGUCCAGAGAGGGAGGUGGAAAGCUACAGUUCCCUGUAUUGUGAUCUGAGCUUGAGUGAAGUGAAACCUUUGAGGAAGCCAAAGCUGUGUGUAUUUGUGGAUCAGACAAGUGCAGCAAGUUAAUAUCAUUGGCUUCUGAAGGGGAGAGUGAGGUGAUGGCUGCGUUUAAGUUGGAUUUCCUUCCAGAAAUGAUGGUGGAUCAUUGCUCUUUGAAUUCCAGUCCCGUCUCAAAGAAAAUGAACGGCACCCUGGACCACCCAGAUCAACCGGAUCUUGAUGCUAUCAAGAUGUUUGUGGGCCAGGUUCCAAGGACCUGGUCUGAGAAGGACUUGAGGGAGCUGUUUGAACAGUAUGGUGCUGUCUAUGAGAUCAAUGUCCUGAGGGACAGGAGCCAGAACCCUCCACAGAGCAAAGGGUGCUGUUUUGUUACAUUUUACACCCGAAAAGCUGCAUUAGAAGCUCAGAACGCUCUUCACAACAUGAAGGUCCUCCCAGGGAUGCAUCAUCCUAUACAGAUGAAGCCUGCCGACAGCGAGAAGAACAAUGCAGUGGAAGACAGGAAGCUGUUUAUCGGCAUGAUCUCCAAGAAAUGCACCGAGAACGACAUCCGAGUCAUGUUCUCCUCGUUCGGGCAGAUUGAGGAGUGCCGGAUACUGAGGGGGCCCGACGGGCUGAGCCGAGGUUGUGCAUUUGUGACUUUUACAACAAGAGCCAUGGCACAGACAGCUAUCAAGGCAAUGCACCAAGCGCAGACCAUGGAGGGUUGCUCCUCCCCCAUGGUGGUAAAAUUUGCUGAUACACAGAAGGACAAAGAACAGAAGAGAAUGGCCCAGCAGCUCCAGCAGCAGAUGCAGCAAAUCAGCGCGGCAUCUGUGUGGGGAAACCUUGCUGGUCUAAAUACUCUUGGACCCCAGUAUUUAGCACUUUAUUUGCAGCUCCUUCAGCAGACUGCCUCCUCUGGGAACCUCAACACCCUGAGCAGCCUCCACCCGAUGGGAGGGUUAAAUGCAAUGCAGUUACAGAACCUGGCUGCCCUAGCCGCUGCAGCGAGUGCCGCUCAGAACACACCCAGCGGCACCAGUGCCCUCACCACGUCCAGCAGUCCUCUCAGCGUGCUCACCAGUUCAGCAGGGUCCUCACCCAGCUCCAGCAGCAGCAGCUCCGUCAACCCCAUCGCCUCCCUCGGAGCCCUGCAGACACUGGCCGGAGCCACGGCAGGCCUCAACGUCAGCUCUUUGGCAGGGAUGGCUGCUUUAAAUGGCGGACUGGGCAGCAGCGGCCUCUCCAACGGCACCGGGAGCACCAUGGAGGCCCUCACGCAGGCCUACUCGGGGAUCCAGCAGUACGCAGCCGCAGCUCUCCCCACCCUGUACAACCAGAACCUGUUGACACAGCAGAGUAUUGGUGCCGCUGGGAGCCAGAAGGAAGGUCCAGAAGGAGCCAAUCUGUUCAUCUACCACCUGCCCCAGGAGUUCGGAGACCAGGACCUGCUGCAGAUGUUUAUGCCCUUUGGGAAUGUCGUGUCUGCCAAGGUUUUUAUAGACAAGCAGACAAACCUGAGCAAGUGUUUCGGUUUCGUAAGUUACGACAAUCCUGUCUCGGCUCAAGCUGCCAUCCAGUCCAUGAACGGCUUUCAGAUUGGCAUGAAGCGGCUUAAAGUGCAGCUCAAACGUUCGAAGAACGAUAGCAAGCCCUACUGAGCGUGCUCCCCUCUUGAGACUGGAGUGAGAGGGUCUUCUGGCACAGCUUGCCCUGAAGACUCGGCUACUGCCUUCUGUGGGAAUUGCGCUUCGUACAGAGGACAAGUUUGUGCUUUGGUUUCCAGUGUUUUACUUUGGAGUUUAGGUGCCAUAUCCUGAGUUGUUUUUUUUUUUUUCCUUUAUUUAAAAGUUUGCUGUGUUUGUAACCAGUGUGUGUUGAGAAGGACCAACAUCAAACUGCCCUGGGGGAGGAGGGGAAAUGGAGAAACAUUAAGAAAGAGGAUCAGAAUUUGCCCCAAACUAUCCCAAGAGAGAGGACGAAGUCAGACGAAAGUGGACCCCCAGAAUCUUCCUGAGCACGAGAGUGGGUGAUGUGAGAACUGAUACCCAAGAGCUUUUUGGGGACAGAGCAGGUAGGAUUGGCUUUGGAGAGGGAGAGUGACUUGGAACCCGGCAGCCCUGGGAGCUGGAGGCUGAAACUCCUCUGUAGCCGCCUUCGGUGGAAAGUCUGCGUUCUUGCCAGCGAUUUUUUAGAUUCUCAUCUAGGAUUUCUGCCCCUCUUACCUAAGGAGGGGCUGACAAGUCUCUGGAAAUAAAGCACCUAUUAAAUUAGCCUGACAUGCAAAAAGCAGGGAUUUGUCAUCCGUUACCCAGCCAGCCAUUGCUGUUGGAUUGGCCCUUCCUUCCUGGCUGGUGGCUCUUAGGAGGAAGAAGCCGGUCAGAGAGGUCGUGUUUCGUUUAUUUCAACACCAGACCCUUAGACCAUGGCCCAUGUCUACCAGGUCCCUUUAAAGGUGGCCUCUUGGGAAGCCACUGUCGGGCUUCCUUUUUUGUAAUUGACCACAGCAAGGAAUGUCACUUCCACCCCCAACCACCAUUUUCCCGUGAGGGUAGACCCAAGAAGGGCUUAUGGUAUCUGGCAGAAGGGAGCACCUCUCCUGAGCAGAGUGAUCAAAAGCCGUCAAGUUGGGGGAGGAAGAGCCUGCUUCUCAGUCAACCUGAAUCCUAGGGUCCCUUUGAGCUGGUGCUGCAUUUCCCGGCGGCCAGCACUCAGUACUUAAAAGGAUUAAGCAGUCCGCGUUAGCCUCCUUGGUUGAGACGGCCCGGGCGUGGCGUCUGAGUGGAGGCGGGCCCCUCUUCUGACCGCUCCAGCCCUGUGCUCCGCUCUUGGUGACAGAGGAGACGUUUACAGCCUCCGUGUGGGUUUAGUGUUCAUUUACCUCAGUAUUACCGUGUUCACUUUUGUCCUCGUGCUUACAGUCAGCUCCCUGCUGCCUCCCACAGGCCUCAUUCUUGCCUGUGACCCACACAGCCUCGGGGCUCUGCCUCUGCUCCAAGAAGCGCUGUUAGUGGGGAGGCCCGGGAAGGACCUGCUGUCGGGAACGUGGCCCUGUCAGGAUAUGACCCUUAGCCAAGGCCAGGGACCGAGUGCCUGGGGUCCUCAGCCUCGCAGACGUCAGCCCUGCCCCCUAGCGGCAGAGGCGCGACCACAGGGGUUGGUUUGCUGUCAGUCAGACGGGGGCGCGCUCCUUGUCACGCUGUCCUCGGGCCUCAGACAAGCAUUGACCGUCUUGCUGUUGUGCAGGUAGUUGGUGGUGGUGGAUUAUCCCAUUGAAGCUGGGACAGCUGUUCCCUUCUCAUAGUGAUAACUUGGGUCUGUUGUCCUCUAAGAAACAUGAAACAUACUUCUUAAGCUGAACCACGUAAACUUGAAUUCCGCGCACUGGGAGAAAUGUGUCCUGUGUUUCAAGGAUAAAACUGUUCCAAAGGCUUCCAGGGUCAUGAUGGGAUUUUUUAAAUAAAUGCAAAAAAUAAAAAUAAAAAAGAAAAAAGAAAACAAAAAAAGAAAAAAAUGCUAGGUUGGGGAGGCGCUGUUCUGAAUCCCAACCGGCUGGAACCAAGAAUGUCGUUUCUAUUUUUAUAGAAGUUUUAUACAGCUCCGGGGUGGAGAAUAUUUAUUACCUAAAUUAUAUCUCUGGAAAAGGCCAGGAUUUUGUAGAAUCCAGAAUGUGAUUGUUGUACACACAGGGUGCUGUGUAUGAUUGAAACUACUGACUUUCUGUGGCCGUCUGCAGCCCAGCCAACCCGCCCGCGGGGGAGGAGUUAACGCUGUGAAUUGGCGGAGGAGAGAGCUGUGCUCCCCAGGCUGCUGCCGGUGCUGUGACCGCUCACCUUCUGUUCUGUCUUCCUCCUUGGCCCGCGUGGGGUUUUCCAAAGCCCGGAACUCCACUCUGCGCCCACCUUUGUCCCUUUCCCUCCCUCCUCCCCCGUUUCACUGUUAUUUGCAUACCUGUUUGUCCUGGGCUCCAGGGACCCCUUCGCUAUUGGCAUGAAAGUUAAAGGUGUAAUCAGCCUGCCUCUGAUACCAGACCCUGAGGCUUCAUACCUGCUGUGGGUUCUCCUUUCCAGAAGGGGUGCGCACCUCGGUGCAGCCGGGGAGCCCAGGCGCUUCUCCCCCCGAAUUCCCACAGCAGUGCUGCCCUGGAGCACAGCUCUCUCCCGGGGCCAAAGGUGGCGGUGUGUAGAAGCUGCUCCCCCUGCCAGUCUCACGGCGUCAGAGGGUUCAGCUCGGAGAGGGGGGACUCGCAGUCUAGUCUUAAGCAAUCCUUUUCUGUUGUGUGGGGGUUUCACUUACAUAAAUGUGUUUUCUGCUGUAGUUUUGUUUCUUCCUUGGGUUUCAUCAUGAAAUUGAUUUGCCUUGAAUGCAGCCAGACACUGUCUCCUGGGUCCCACAGGAGUGGCCAGGGCCCGUGUGGAAGCUAAGAGCUUGGAUUUCCGGCAACAGAGGGCCGUCCCCAUGGGAAGGGGAAGAAAUUCUGGCCCUCUCCCCCAAAGAAUUCUACCCGCCCCCGCCCCGGCCAGCAGCUCCAGCUGCCUCCCUGAGUCUCGACCGGGAGUGGGACGAAAGGCUGAGGCCCUGCUCCGCAGCAGAGCUGCUUUUCGGAUGCGUUUGGGCGCUUCUGGGGAAAUCCAAGCCUUGGGCUCCCCCUGUCUCUGGCAGUCGGAUGUCCUCCUGGUGUCCUCCGUGUCCUUUUGACUUCCCCUGUGUCCACUGUUAGCAUGUGCGACGGUCGCGUCAUCGCCCCCCCUGCCCGCCUGCGCAUUUCAGGGCCGCACACAGUGAGUGUCCCGCUCUCUCUCUGUUUGGAUGCAUUGCUCUGUGUAACUCAGUGGGUCUCCCUCUUUCUGGUUUGUUUUUUUUCUAGAUUCCUGCCGUUUGUUCAUCGUUGUGCCUAAAGCAUGUCGAUGUGGCGUCAAGUACAUCGUCCAAACCCCUGUCUCUUCAGCUUCUCUGAUGCUUGAACUCUCACCUUUGACCUUGUGUUGACCUUUGAUGCUGACGUGUAUUUUUAUUAUGUUUGUUUCUUUCUUUGUUUUUUCUUUUUUCUUUCCUUUUUUUUUCUUUUGUGCUGCCAAAUUGGUUUUGCUAGAACGACUGCUGAAGGGGAAAUAUUUAAACUUGCAUUUGAAUAUAAAAAAAUCUAUUUUUCUAGAACUUCAUAAGAUAACCACUUGAUUUUGUGAUUCCAAUCCUUUGUAAUUGUCUUCAGAGCAGCCCUACUAGCACAUACCGCGUGGUGUUUGUAUUUCUGUGGACACACAGCCAGUCCGUUCCUAGGCUUCGUUUCUCUGUGUGCGUAGUUUUAAAGACAACUUUGGAGUAAACAAUGAAAUAAAAGAUGUCGCUAAAACCUUUGAGGCUCCUGAGCACAUUUUGCUGAUACAGUUUGUAGGGCUUGAGGAGACCGCAUGUGUUCCUAUUUUUGUUUUUUCUGAGUUCUCAACUGCAGAAAACCCCUGAACCCUUUUUCCUUUUUGACCGCCGGCUGCAGCUUGGGCCCCAGGCCAGCCCCCGCGCUCCCGGGGCUCUGCCCUUGCAGAGGGCAGAGGGUCUGUGGGUCCCCCUGCCCCCAGCCCCGCUGCGCCCGCCCCCACACCUGUUCCUGCAGUCUCCACAGCAAAAUGUGAUACUUCCAUUGUUUUUGUUUUCGUAUUGUUUUUGUUUUGAAUUUUUUCCUUUCCUACUGAGAUGAUGCCCAGAAAAAACAAGCUCUGCAUGUCUCCUGCUGUUUCUUCACACCCUCGUAUAUAUCACCUUCACCUCUCUGUUUUCUAUAGUUUGUGCAAAAACUGACCGAUUUAAAAGGGUUUCAAAGAAGCUGUUUUAAAUUGUUGUGGGUUGAUUUUUUUUUUCUUUCCAAGAUUGUAUCGUUUUAUUUUGAAGUGGCAACUUUCUCCUCUAUUGCCCUUAGAGCGUUUGCCUGUGCACUUAGACUGUCUCCUCACAUGGCCUCCAGGCCUCGGGGGGCCUCCGGGCCGGCUGCUCUGCUCAGAGACGGGUGGGAAGGGGGUUCCAGAGAGGCGCAGGAGCAGGGAGAGCGCACGCAGAGGGUGGCUGUGGGCAGGCAGGAGGCUGAGCGCGCUAGGGGUCCCCAGAGGCGGAGGGCGCUCCCAAGCGCUCGGAGGAGGGCAUGCCUGCGCUCGGCAGCAGCUGAGAAGCACAGUACUGCAGUCUUCACACUGUUUACAGCCCGGGCCCCCGCCGCCCCACUGCUCUUCACUGCAGCUCUGCUCUUGCUUAGCUGGUGGGGUGGGGGUCAGGGCGGUUUUUUGUGUUUAUAUUUUUGAAUUGGGUGAAGAGCCAAAUAGCUACUGUCCCCGGGUGCCAGGCAGGCCCCGGUCCUUGGUUCCCUGAGGGGAGCCUGCCCUCCUCUCUCGGGGCACCGUCCAGCCUCAGGGUCUGCAGGGACUUGAGUGAGAAUGUGCAUGGCGAAGGGCGAGGCCAGAGGAGACGUGAGGUCGCGGGGUGGGUCUGUGGAGGUCAGAGGUUGCAGGGGGCGGCGUUUGGGAUAGCUUCCAUCCAGGCCCUAGCGGCUGGUGGGCGAGCGAGCUGGGAAGUAGGGCUGUCCAGGGAGGGGUGGAGAGGGGGGCCAGGGACGGGGGGCGGGGGGGAUGGUAGAAGCACUGUCUGCAUCAUCCACGCUGCGGGUGAUGAGGAAGGGUCUCGGCAGGCUCUCUGCCCCGGGACCAGGCAGGCGGCCUAGUGUUAGCUUGGGGCCCCCCUUACCUGGAGGAGAGGGGGGCCAGGUGGAGGCCCAGAGGAUGGUAGGCUGCUUAAUUUCUUCAGAGGGGUGAGUGGAUGGAAGGAGGCCAGGAACCCCAGCCUGAGCGAGACCGCCGCGCACCCCACAGUCUGACUGCACAGAGCGGCCUCUGUGGGCGGAAGGCGCCGAGGCUCCCCUUCCUGUGUUCAGAACCCAUGUUUGCCAAUACAUUUUGCUUUCAAUUCCAAGAGGAGCUCUGGGAAAACCUGUGGAUAAAACCAAAUGCCAAACGUUGGACGUUGUUUCCUUUUCCUUUUUCUCUCUCUGAUUGUUUUAAUUGUUCUGUGGUGGUUUUAAUGGAUUUGAGACCCUGGAGCGGCAGCUGCCUUUCUGAUUUCCAGCUGCUUUUUGUGAAUAAUUUAAAAAGAAAAAAAAAAAAGAAACUUUACAUUUUGGAGACAAACCUGUGUGAGUUUUUUAUUGGUACAAACGUUGUAUUUAACACUAGGGGUUUUGUACAGUUUUUUGCCUUUUCUACUAGAAAACAAUGUAAAGUGAUUUCACAAUGUGAAGAGAAAAAAUUGCCACUAUGACCAAACGCACAGUCUGUUCUGCAGCAACAACGGGAUUCAAUCAACUCAAAGUCGUGAUUCAGCCGUAGAAAUGCUUUUUCUUUACCUUGUUUGAGCUUUUCCUUUCUUUCUGUUUUGAUUUGCAAAAGAAAAUGUCUUUUUUGUGUGAACUUGUGUUGUACUAUGUAGAAAAUUAUGGAUUUUACUUUAAUGGUUUAAAAAAAAAAAAAAAAAAGGCAAGAAGAGCCCCUGUCGCUUUUCUGACCUGAUCACAGAGUUUGUGUAGUGGAUUAAAAAAGAAAAAAAAAAUUGUUACAAGUUUGGAGCAAGGGAGUAUGUGUUUAACAGGAAUCUCCUUCCUUUUUUGUGUGUUUUUCCUUUUGUCCCAACUGGGAACCUAAAUCUGUUUUAAUUGCACAGACACACGGACAAAAAGUCAUUUUGUAUCUGCCAAGUGUGGUACCUUCUUUGUUUAUUUGCUAUUAAACUGUUUGAGAAGAA